CGGCGGUGCGGUAGCUCGCAGCUGGCCAUGGCGAGGGGCGCACGGCAGCCACCUGAGUGGCGCGGCGGCGUCAGGGCUCAGGCAUUAUAAGAAAGGCAGAGAAGAAAGAAGGAACUCAUUCCCUGAUGGUUCUCCAGCCUCUCAGUAGAAGCAGUUGGGCUUGCCAACGAGAUGGCAAGAAAAUUGGUGUCUGGGGAGUCUUUCCUAACCCUGGAUUCAGAAGGUUCUUAAUCAAGUACCAACUCUGCGAAUCCAGGACAGGUUUGUCCCAUGGCCCCUGAACAGUCUGUUGUCUAAUAGAAGAUUCCGUUGGCAAACCAUCUCUAUUGCCUUACAGAGAAAGCAAAGAAGAUGGAUCGACUGAAGAGCCAUCUGACUGUGUGCUUUUUACCUUCUGUGCCCUUUUUAAUCCUAGUAUCCACUCUAGCAACUGCUAAGAAUGUGACCAACAGCACUUUAAAUGGCACUGAUGUGGUCUUGGGAUCUGUACCCAUAAUCCUUGCUACAGUGGACCAUGUGAUAGUCAAGGAAGGGAACAGUGCCUUGAUUAAUUGUAGUGUUUAUGGCAUCCCUGGCCCACAAUUCAAGUGGUACAAUUCCGUUGGCAAGCUGCUGAAAGGAGAAGAGGAUGAGAAGGAGAGAGGAGGAGGAAAAUGGCAGAUGCACGACAGCGGCCUCCUGAACAUCACCAAGGUGUCGUUUUCAGACCGAGGUAAAUACACAUGUGUCGCUUCUAACAUCUACGGCACUGUGAACAACACAGUGACCCUGAGAGUCAUCUUCACCUCCGGAGACAUGGGCGUCUACUACAUGAUCGUCUGCCUUGUGGCCUUCACCAUCGUCAUGAUCCUCAACAUCACCCGCCUGUGCAUGAUGAGCAGCCACCUGAAGAAGACUGAGAAAGCCAUCAACGAGUUCUUUAGGACAGAAGGUGCAGAGAAGCUGCAAAAGGCAUUCGAGAUCGCCAAGCGGAUCCCCAUCAUCACCUCAGCCAAAACGUUAGAGCUCGCCAAAGUCACCCAGUUCAAAACCAUGGAAUUUGCCCGCUAUAUUGAAGAGCUGGCUAGGAGUGUGCCUCUGCCUCCUCUCAUUAUGAACUGCAGGACGAUUAUGGAGGAAAUCAUGGAAGUGGUUGGGCUGGAGGAGCAGGGGCAGAAUUUUGUGAGACAUACUCCGGAAGGCCAGGAGACCCCCGACAGGGAUGAGGUUUACACAAUCCCAAACUCUCUGAAGCGCAGCGACUCUCCCACCGCCGACUCAGACGCCUCAUCCCUACACGAACAGCCUCAGCAGAUUGCCAUCAAGGUGUCUGUCCACCCACAAUCCAAAAAAGAUCACGUGGAUGACCAAGAGGGUGUGCAGUUUGAAGUGAAAGAUGAAGAGGAAACCGAACCAUCAGCCGAACAUUCCCCAGAAACUGCAGAACCUUCCACAGAUAUAACAUCUACAGAGCUAACGUCUGAAGAACCAACACCUGUUGAGGUACUGGAUAGAGUAUUGCCACCAGCUCACCUGGAAACUACAGAGCCAGCAGUGGUGCAUGACAGAAACACCUGCAUUAUUUAUGAAAGCCAUGUCUAAUCACAACUCUGAAAAGCUAUGCAUAUCAAGAAAAUCAGGGGCUGCUCCUUGUAAUAACAGUUGUAGUACGUACUUGCCGCUAAGCCUUACCAGGAGACUCUCGUCCACUAGGCAGGAGUGAUGCCAUCUUAAAAGGGGAAACACCUGUGUGCAGUUUACGUGACUGGAAUUUCCCCAGUAGUGAAGGGUAUGAGAAACAUCAGGGUACAGGAUUGAUAAUGCUGACAAAAGAUGUCUGUUCAUGUAACACGAAUCAUACAGGCUAUUCUCUGCCAAAUUCCUUAGUUGGUGAUGCCUUUUUGCAAAGAGUACACUACUGUAAGAUAUUCUGAGUUCAAGAGCCCUGUCCAGUGCACACUGCAUUGCUUUCCUUUUAAAAAUGAUUAAGUCUCCUACAAUAGCAAAUGCACGUUCGUGGGUUCGUCGCACUUUCUUCUCAGUUUUCCUUACUUUCACUGUUCCCUUGUAUUGGAGUAGCUGUUAUAUUAAUAUUAAUUGCCUUUUCUGGCUUAGUCAUCUUUGUCAUUUUUGUCCUUAUUUUGCCCUAGAACAUUUACCUCAGAGGCUUUGGUAUCAGUCACCACUACCAGGGCUGAUACCUGCAAGUCAUUUGUAAUGUUCCAAAAUAGUUACUAGGCUCAUUUUGUUUGUUUGUUUGUUUAUUUGUUUCCCAGGCCUAUUUUGAUACAUUGCUUUUUUUGUUUCCAAUGAAGCUGCUAUUGUGAAACUGAGAGAAAAAAAAAAUUUUUUUUUUUUUUGGCCCAGGAAAUAGCACUUUAAUAGCCAAAUAAAAAUGCGUUUACUUGUCCAGUUCUGGGAGCCUUUGGUGAGUUCAGCUGAGGUGUGGAGGUUUGUGGUAAAAGGCUCCAUACACCACCUAUAUUACACAUGAAAACUGCUGUUUACAUUUAAGUAACAUCAUCCUCCAAACAAAGACUUAUUCUUUACCUGGAAAAUGUGUUGCUUCCAAAGACAGAAGUGUCUGAUGAGUUCCAGUAAGUUACAGAAUACUGGCUUCCCAGAAGGGCUUGCAGGAACCAGUAUGCCCCUGAGCAACUCAGACGUGAUUUGGGACAGCAGAUAUAAGGAUGUGUGAAGUCGUAUACCCAGGUCCCCUUUUGUGAACUGUGAAGCCAACUUGUUGGUCCUUAAAGGGGAGCGUAAAGGCAUAGAGAACUGUACCAUCAAAUUUCAUGCCGAAAUUAUUGAAUUAUUAUUCAGGCCCACAAGAAAGCAGCUAUAUGCAAGGCAGCAUGAUGAUAUAGCGAGAAGACAAAACUACUCAUCCAGAGGCUUAAUACCUUCCACAGCUGUGCCAGUAAUCAGCUGCCUGGCUUUGGGCAAGUCUGGGCCUCAGUUUCCUCAUCCAUAAGAGAGGGCAGACUGGAUGAGCGCUGAGCACCAUUUAAACGAUCUCGCGCUCUCACAGAACCAAACUGUUGUAUCAUUCUUGCUCUCUUUCGCAGUUACUUGGAAGACGUUCAUCCCUGGGUUUGCCUAAUGUUCUCAUGCUGCAUUACUUAUUAAAAUAGAACACAUCCAUUUCAAAAAAUCAUGGCAUUUUAAACAAGUGGGUUACCCUCCCCCACCCCCCAAAAAACUAUCAGGACCACUUCCAUUAAGGGAUUUAAUGGUGGCAAGAAUGAGGGACAUUUCAUUUUCAUUUAUGAGCAGGAGAUACAAUAACUGUGAAGUAGUCCUCAGGUUCUCAGGGUCACGGCCACAGGGAGGGACAGAUCAUGAUGGAGGUUAUGCAGGGCACUUUGGUGAUAAGGAAGUAGAUCCAGAUGUGUACUCCUCACUCAGUCACUGUCGGGGUGAGUGACCUGGGACAACUAUUUUUUCCCUCCCUGGGGUUUAAUCUUUGUCAUCUGUAAAAUAUGCAGGUUGUACCUGAUGGGCCAGAAGAUCUCUUCUAGCUCAGACAUUUAGAGUUUUAUGGAAAGCUUAGAGAGCUGACGGCGAAGUGGUUAAGAGCUCAGCUGUUAACCAAAGGGUAGGCAGUUCAAAUCCACCAGGUGCUCCUUGGAAACCCUGUGGGGCAGUUCUACUCUGUCCUAUAGGGUUGCCAUGAGUCAGAAUCGACUCAACGGCAAUGGGUUUGGUUUGGUUUGGGUUUGGGAAGCUUGUAAUCUCCCACGGUGGCCCCCAUUGAGACAAGCCCUUUUGGGAGCAAAAAUGGGUACAAGACUGGAUGUGUUUGCUGUCCAAACAUUACAGCAAAUGUAUCUGGCUCUGUAACUUAGUGGGACUGGGCUUUACUGCAGAGGUAACCUUAUAGAUAACUGGUGUGACAGGUCCCUGGGUGGUACAAAUGGUUUGCACACAGUUACCACCCUGGUGGAACAGUGGUUAAGAGCUUGGCUGCUAACCAAAAGGCUGGCAGUUCAAAUCCACCAGCUGCUCCUUGAAAACCUUAUAGGGCAAUUCUGCUCUGUCCUAUGAGGUCGCUAUGGGUUGGAACCGACUCAGUGGCAAUGGUUUUUUGUUUUUGUUUUUGUGAUAGGCAAUCUUACAGGCAUGGAAUUUGAUUAGACCUUUCUUGACAGGGAAUGAACUGUUGGGAUCAGUUAGAAAUGUCUUGGAUGGUCACUUAAAGAAAUUAGUAGUGAGCAAUCAAGAGAAACUGCAAAUCCUGUCUGAAUUCUCUGGACCACGAUUGCAUGUAUUUGGGUUGCAGGAAGUUUUAUCUCCAGGUCUUGGAAUAUAAAUGUUUUCCAAUUGUGAUGGAGGUCAACAAAAUCUCACCAUGGAUCUAUACGUCCAAAGCAGCAGCAGGGACUUACGAGGCUUGUUUGGCCAUACUGUGUGUAGUUUUCCCCGUUUUGUUGAGUUCUCAUUCCACCCAAACCCAUGUGCAGAGUUCCCAGAAAAGAAGUGCAUGUAGGCAUUCGUUCUGUCUAGACAUUGAUUAGGGAGCAAUACUAAGCUAAAACUGGCAUAUUUUUUACGAAGCAGAAGCAGAAAUACAUGACCAAAGAAUGUUUCCAGAUUGGUUUUCGCUUCUGUAGACUGGGGUGGGAGGAAAGGGCACACAUAGAUUCUCAAAGUAUUUUCUCCUUAAGGCAUCAAAAUGCUUUUGAUAUAGUAAUAGCCAGCUGAAAGGGAGAUUGUCUUAUAAAGGGGAUUUCUCUUUCCAGAAAUUCUACACUCUUCCUUUCCAUCUGAUAGCUUUUUUUAAAAAAAAAAAAAAAACAAGGGAGGCCCUCCUGCCGCAUAUGAAAUGCAGAAGACAUCGUGACUUUCAGCUGAAUUUUCAAAAGACACGGUGAACUGUUAAGCUUCGUAGAAAUCAUAGAAGUAUGACUGUAGCUGUGUGUGUCCGUGUGUGAGAGAGAGAGAGAGAGAGAGACUUAAUUUGGACAGUUUUAAAACCUUAACACUAAUCCCAAACUAUGCCCUUUGGGUUCUAUGAAGUCAUUCUUAAAAUGAAACCAUUUCUGGUUUCUGAGUCAUCCCAUUCAUAUCUCUAGUGAUUUUUUUUUCCUUGAUGUUCUGAAAAUGAUUCAGCUGUGUGUGUAUAUUUGAUUCACUUAUAUUAACUGUAAGCUCGGAUGGUAUUUAUUCUAAAUGGAAAAACACAGAAUUUUAUACUGAAAAUCUAUGUAAUUUAUAAUGGUUUCAUUUUAUAUAUUAUAUUUUCAUAUCUUUAGGGCACAUCUACUACUAUUCUCAUCUUUUUGUAUAUCAUACUUGGCAAAAAGAAAUACUAAUACUUGACUAAGGAGCCCUGGUGGCACAGUGGUUAAAACGCUUGGCUGCUAAUUAAAAGGUCUGCAAUUUGAACCCACCAGCCGCUCCACGGAAGAAAGACAUGGCAGUCUGCUUCCGUAAAGAUUAGCAGCCUUGGAAACCCUAUGGGGCAGUUUUCCUCUGCCUAUAGGGUCGCUCUGAGUCAGAAAUGACUCGACGGCAGUGGGGGAAUACUUGACGAAAAUCUCUAGGAACCAAAUGUGGUCUGUAACAUAUAGAAAUUUCUAAAAAUACCUGAAUGUUAUCAUUCAUCGCAAGCAUUGUUGUGCUGUCGUUACAUCUGUAACGGUUUGUCUCAGAUGUUUAUGGGCAUUCCUUUUUCAAGACUAAGACUAAAUUUCAAGGCCUGACAUCCCACACUGUGGAUUCUGGAAUCCUCUUUCCUUCAUUAUGGUUUUAUUUGUUUCAUUUUGAAUUGUAGAAGUUUGCAAACUUCCCUUUGAAGGGCAAAUGUGAGACAUCAAGAAAGCAACUUUAUGGAAAGACUGAAUUUCACUGGCUUUGUACAUUAUUUUCAAGGACUGAAAACAUGCUUGAAUUGUUAUUUGUUGGUGAUCUAGGAUCUGUACCUGGCUCUUUAGCACACUCUAAGAAGAAAAUGUAAGGUACGAAGAAUAUUUGCAUGUUCUGGACAGGAACGCUCUGCAUGUUCUGCAGCCCACACGAACCAGCUUACCUGCAGACACGCCAGUCUCAGCCACUGGAGAAGACAUGUUAGGAAGGCACAUCGGACGCUUCUCAUCACAUGUAUUGAAAUACAGGUCGCAUCAGUGCUCAGUGCUGAAACUCUUAAUUGGCAGUCCCUGCCAUCCCGUUAACUAAGGGUAGUUUUCUCAGUACUUCGUUUGGUAAAAAGAAAAUGGCACCUUUGGCUUAUCUUUCAAAGACUGUCUUUUCUCAGCACAGCUCAGCUACUGUCCUGUACCUGGCUUCACACAUCCCUUUGGCAAUCCUUUAAGAUAUAAACCCUGUUUCUAUUCUUGACACUAAUUUAAACUAUUGAUUAUCUUUAAAUACCUACCAAAUCUCAUCAUAUAUUCACACAUCUUUUGAGCAUCUGUUAUCCUCAAGAUAUUAAUCACUUUUACUUUAGUAUUCAUUUAAAUAUUCUUCAGUAGAUCACAGAGUUUACUUCCCUAAUGGCUUUGUAUGGUUACCACAGUGAUUAGCCAGGUUUGGAUUAAACAAAUCAGUGAUGGGGAAAAAAAACAAAUACAACACAAUUGCUUAUUAUAUUUUCCAAAGGAUCAAGUGUUCAUCUGUUAUGCAAGAAAAUAUUACAUGAGGGUGAUAAUGGUAUUUAAUGAGAUUUUUUAGAGACGGAGUUUAUAAAGGGGCAAAUACUAAGAAUGUCACGAUUGAAAUUGAAGCUAGAGAAUAUGAAAACAGAAAGCAAAUAAUUCUAAGAAUAUUCUAGCGUAAAUUAUUUUUUAUUUGACUAAUAGUAGUAAAAGCUUUCAAAUGUGUCUCUCAGAUACCAUGAAGCUGCUAACUGUGAGUUAGGGGCAAAGAAAACCCUUGCUUUUAUGCUUGGUUUGCUGUAUUUCAGUAAUUCUGGGUGUCCUUUGUUAAAACUGGAAAAUAAAAUGAAAACAUUUAUCUGGGAAGAAAUGUCAAACUGAUGAUUUUUGUGAACUAUAAACUGUUCACUUUUUAAAAAUAAUUUAAAGAUGUAAACAAAUGCCUAAUAUUUAAGUUGAUGUUACAGCCAAAAAAAAGUGAUCCAUCUUGUACUUUUAAUUGUUGCUUUAAUAAAGGGUUUGCGCAGGUG